CAGCCCCAUGCCCAGAGCAGGCGCCCCACGCCGCACGCAGCACUGCACCAACUAACGCGCCGCCGCGGAAUCGGUUGCCGGCUAUGGAGACGGACGCCACCGCCUUCUACCCGCCGCCGCCGGCCCACCAGCGCCAUCCCACGGCCGCGCAGCCGCUGUCGGCGAAACCUCCGCCGGCGGGCGGCGUCGCGGGGCGAGCCGCGGCGGGGCGGCAGUACCGCGGCGUGCGGAUGCGCAAGUGGGGCAAGUGGGUGGCCGAGAUCCGGGAGCCCAACAAGCGGUCGCGGAUCUGGCUCGGCUCCUACGCCACCGCCGUCGCCGCCGCGCGCGCCUACGACACCGCCGUCUUCUACCUCCGCGGCCGCUCCGCGCGCCUCAACUUCCCCGACCAGCUCCUCGACGGCGCCGGCGUCACCGUGGCCGCCGGCCCCGGGGACCUCAAGGAGGGCGGGGGAGGCGGGCUCUCCGCCGCGGCCAUCCGGAAGAAGGCGGCCGAGGUGGGCGCCCGCGUCGACGCGCUGCAGUCAUGCGGUGGCGGCUCCCCGGUCUCCCCGCCCCCGCCGUCCCCGUCCUGCCGCCGCGGCCGGGCCAAGCACCCCGACCUCAACCGCGAGCCCACCCCCGACACCGACGACGACGAGUGAACUCUAAACCCACCCCGCCGACUCUUCUUCGUCUUCUUCAAUCCUCCACCACCUACCUAGUGCUUAAUUAGUCUUUACCCAGGCGAGUAGCAGCAGCCAGCUAGCUAUAGCGGUAGCAGAGAGUAUCAGUAGUAAGCAAGCAGAUCAGUAUGGGGAAGCAUGGAUCCGACACGCAAGGUGUUCGGCGAAAUGCGGGUGAGCUCGGGAAACAACCAAACCAAUAAUGGAGCCGCGACGUCGCCGUCAGGUCGGCCAAAGUAGGGGCCUAGGCUACCAGUUAAUCACCGUCCGGCCGUCGUCGCCCAUCCGGUCGGAAGCGGCGGCGACGGCGAAGUAGCGGCAGCUGGAAUGCGUGAGUGCGUGCGUGGGCGUGUAGCUAAGGCGAAGCGCGUGGCCUUCCCAUAAAAGUGUUGUUUGUAAAGGAAGAAAGAAUACCGGCAAACAAAGGCUUCAACAAUCUUUCCAUGCA